AUGCGGAUACCUUUCAGGCGGCGGCCUGCAAUGCGCAACUACAUCCAAAGCUCGACAUCGUGUCUACUCACGCUCACUUCCUUCGUGUCAAUUUCGCGCGCCAUCACGGUGACCUCCGUGUCCAGUCCGGAACUCGAUCUGAGUCAGUUGGGGAGGGUAGGGAUUGCAGGAGAUUUCACUGGAAUAUCCAUGUACGAAUUCGAGGGACAGACCGAAGCACCAUUCAUCACCAAUGGCUCGGAAUCGCUCAUGACGCGGUUGCCCAACGGCAUGUUCCUCAGUGUCUUGGAUACGGACGCGUCCAUCCAGAGCAUGUGUGUAUUUGGGGAUGCAGUAAUUCUUGGUGGUAAUUUCACCAGUCUAGGAGGACAGAAAUCCCCUGGUAUAGCCUCGUUCGAUGUUGGCACGUCAAAGAUAACUUCACUGGUAGGACUCACUGGUCAGGUCAACAGCUUGCUUUGCGAUAACGAUGCCGGCAUGGUGUACGUUGGAGGAAGUUUUACAGCCGCGAAUUCGCACAAUGCGAUUACCUGGACCUCAGGUGGCAACUGGGCCAGUUUGCCAUUUGCGGGCUUUAACGGACCCGUCGAGACGAUAGCAAAGGCCUCGACCGGCCAUAUCAUAUUUGGGGGCGGCUUCAGCGGUCUUGGAAACACCAGCACCCCGAGUGAACCUGACGGGCAGGUCAUCAACCUAUCUGCGGCAACAAUUGAGGCAGACCAGGGAACGUCCACAUCAGGUUUCAGUGAUCCGAAGAACAUCAUCUGUCAGACUAGUGGCGUCGAUGGAUCUGGAACCACGUGGUUAUUGGAGGACAACACUGCGGGCACGUGGCGAGCCAGCUUCAGAUUCGGAUUUGAGCCUACCAAACUUCGCCUGUGGAAUACACACCAAGACGGCCGGGGCACCAAGACGUGGAGGUUCACCGCGCUGCCCAUCAACGGAAUUAUGAACUUCACCUACACCGAUCCCGCCACGAAUCAAAAUCGUUCAUGCACAAGCGAGUGUCCGCUCAGUGAUAACACCACGGUCGAGUUCCAGGACUUUCAUUUUGUGAACAAAGUCGGCAUGAAUGCUUUCAGGAUCGAUGUAUCUGCCUGGUACGGCAAUGGAGGGGGUCUGAAUGGGAUCGAGCUUUUUGAGGACGACGUCUUUGCUUACGCCAUCAACGAUUUCAACGAACCGAGUUGCGCUACUAACGUCUCUUUUCCGUCCACUGCCACUGCCACAGGUCCCUGGGCGACUACCUCGUCCGGGAAGAGCAGCUCAGAUUACUUAACAGCCCAGUUGGACAAUCCAACCUCUGAGUCAGCCUCUGUGGUCUUUUUCCCGGACAUCAAAGAAUCUGGCAAUUACACCAUUACUAUCUAUACUCCCGGUUGCAUACAGGAUGGCACUUGCUCAAGCCGAGGUCAAGUAAAUGUCACCUAUACCUUGACUGCUGAUGGGCAACCCGGCUUCACGCAAUUCUAUCAGACGAAUAACUUCGACAAGUACGAUUCUCUGGGCAUGGCAGAGUUUGUGGAUGCGAGUUCGGAUUCGUUCCGCCCCAGCGUCACCCUUACGCCCAUGGCAAGCCCUCUAUCCAACGUGACAGUAGUGGCUCAGAGGGUCCAGUUCGUACUUACUACCUCGACCGGCGGCCUGAACGGACUGUACGAAUACGAUCCUGCCAAGACAACUAUUGAUACGGCUGAUUUCAAGACAUCGGCAUUCGACAAGCUCGCAUCUAGUUUCUCGGCGAAAUCCGCCGUCAGGUCUCUUGUCACGUCCGGAGAUAUCACUUACAUUGGCGGGAACUUUUCGUCCAGCAGUGUCAAAAACAUUGUAGCCAUCGACAGCCGCGACAACUCGACGGUAGCUCUGGAUGGUGGUCUUAAUGGCAGCAUCAACUCCUUAUGUGUUCUCAAGGACAAGCUGUACGCGGCUGGGAAUUUCAACAGCACACAGGAUGGAUCCGCUUCGGGUCUGAACUAUAUUGCUGCUUACGACAAGUCGAGCAAUGUGUGGUCACCACUAGGGGCCGGCGUGGACGCACCCGUUGAAAGCAUAGUGCCCAUGGCAUUGAACAUCAGCAGCGACACGCCCGAGGACGUCAUAACUUUGACGGGAGGCUUUAGGACACUUUUGGCGUUUGGCAGUAAUGAUGCUGUUGCAGUAGACGGCUUUGCUGUUUGGGUCACGUCCCAAAAUAACUGGCUUCAGAAUUUGGACGGCAAUUUGCCUUCUAUCGAUGGCCUAUUGACUACUGCUCUGCUCAAUCUCUCAGACGGGAGCUCCCUGUAUGCCGGUUCAAUCUCUGCCCAGACGCUCAAAGCAGAUAGCGCUGCCACUUUGAGUGGUAGCAUUGGAACUUUCCCCAUCGACAUUACCUCCACCUCCAAUGCCACGAACGGAGCUAGCAUCGCCAAGCGUGCCUCCUUAGCCAAUCGCCACAGCACUCUCUCAGGUGUUGUGACGGGUGCCUUCUACGAGUCUGGAGACCACAACCUGACCAUUCUUGCUGGUCACUUCACUGCAAGCACCACCAAUGGCUCGAGCAUUAGCAACGUCAUUCUCAUCGAUGGGAAUGACGAGACCACCACAGGCUUGCCUGCUGGGAUUUCUGACGAAUCCGUCUUCUUGGCUCUCGCAGUCCAAGGCAACAACCUAUUCGCCGGCGGUGACAUCAACGGCACUAUAUCCGACUUGGACGUGAGGGGCUUUGUCUCGUACAACCUCGUCGAUAGGAAAUUUAACACCCAACCUCCUUCUUUGACCGGUGCGAAGGGUGUUGUCUCUUCGAUUAAUGUCCGACCGAACACUGGUGACGUCUAUGUUGGCGGCUCCUUUGCCUAUGCCGGCUCUCUGGAAUGUCCUGGUGUCUGCACUUUUUCAACGUCCAACGCUCAGUGGAACCGCCCCGGCUUUGGACUCGAAGGAGACGUGAAUGGUAUGAUCUGGUCCAGCGACACAACACUUGUGGUCGGCGGAAACCUAACUCUCAACAACUCGAACGCGUUUCUUGCAUCGUAUGAUGCCUCCAAAUCGACUUGGAGCGGUUUUCCGUCUGCCUCGUCCCUCCCGGGACCCGUUGAUGCGCUUACGGCAGCCAAUAGUGACGGGACUCAAGUCUGGGCCUCGGGUACCGCCACCAACGGCUCCGUGUACCUUAUGAAGUACGAUGGGGUGUCAUGGAAGUCUCUCGAACCCACUUUCGACGAAGGUACCACCAUCAGCAGUUUGCAAGUCUUCAGUCUAUCGUCUUCACACGACUCAUCCGACCUGGUGGAUGCCAAUCAAGUUCUCAUGAUUACUGGCUCCUUAGCCAUUCCUGGCUUCGGAACUGCAUCAAGUGCUACGUUCAACGGGACAGUGAUCCAGCCAUACGCUCUCACUGGUAACGCGGGUAAUACUGUCGGAUCGAUUGCAAAGAUAUUCGUGCAGAAACAGAAUUUCUUUACCUCGUCAGAUGGGCACCUGGCUCUUGGUUUCGUCGUCCUUAUCGCACUUGCCGUCUCACUAGGCUUGAUGCUGCUCAUCGUAGUCGCUGGGCUUGCUUUGGAUCGGUACAGGAAGAAGCGCGAAGGGUAUGUACCCGCGCCGACGUCCAUGUACGACCGUGGUAGUGGUAUGCAACGGAUACCACCGCAUGAGCUCCUUGAUUCUCUCACCAAAGGCAGGCCUGGCGUACCGCAUGUAUGA